AUGAGAGAAUUUGGAACAACUAGAGACUGCGAACUCUGUGCUGGGGACGAUUAUUUGGAGCAAGGCGGGCAAUGUGCAAUUGUAGUCCUCCGGGUGAGUGCGCUAGUAGUGAUCCUCAGUGUUGUUUCGAUGGCGCUGGUAUCAACUGCUAGAUACGUUUAG